AUUCACAUUCGACCGUAUCUUGACUUAAACCUUCUUUGAACCUUACCUCAAGGCUAUCAGAUCGAUGACACACACUUUAGCAACCCUCCCAAUCAUCGACAUCGCGCCUUACCUCGACACUGAGCGUGAUCUGGCGAAAUGCCAGUCCACAUCAGACGCGCUACACAAUGCCUGUGUCAAGUACGGGUUCUUCUAUCUAGACAUUUCACAAUUCAUAGAUCCCUCAGAACCUGAGGAGUUGACCCGACUAGCCCGAGAGUUCUUCGAACUGCCACAAGAAGAGAAGGAUAAGAUUGGUCUGGAGCACCAGGAUAAUGCUAGAGGAUACCAAAGACUCAAGCAGAAUGUGACCAACGGCAAGGCGGAUAACCACGAAGGAAUUGAUUUGUACAAGCCUGUUGAGAAGCCAGACAAAUCCAAACCACUGUGGGGGGAGAAUCAAUGGCCUGAUGUCCCUGGAUUCGAGCAUAAAUACGAGCAAUGGAUUGAGAAGAUGAAGAAGCUUGGCCUCAUUGUUAUGGAAGCGAUGUCUGUUGGACUCAAGAUGACAACAGAAGAAUGGCAGGAGUUGCGAGCUCAAGUAGAUGAUAGCUUCUGGGUAAUGCGAAUAAUCGGCUAUCCUCCACUUCCAACUGACGACGAUGGUUUCUCCUGUGGAGCACACAAAGACUAUGGUUGCCUAACCUUCCUAUACGCCGAUCCUACUAGAAGUGCUCUACAAGUGUUCUUGCGACAAUCAGGCACGACAGCAUCAGAUUUGGACGGCCUGCCAGCAGAGCAUGGUACAGAAGAAGGGUUGUGGAUAAACGCAGAUCCUGUUCCCAAUUGUGUCGUUUGCAAUAUCGGCGAGAUGUGGGAGAUCUGGACAAAUGGAUUGUACAAAAGCACGUUGCACAGAGUGGUUCACAGAGGAUCAAAUUAUCGUGUCUCAAUACCGUUCUUCUUUGAGCCCAACUUCACCGCGAAUAUCGCCCCACUUCCAGCAGCUCUGCGUCUUGUGCCUUCUCAAGACAAAGAACCAUCGAACGAAGGAAAGACCUACAAACCCGUUGUAUAUGGCGAUUUUUUACUCAGGAAAGUUGAUGCCAAUUUUGCAUUAGAUGGUAAAGGGAAGUACGAUUAGUGAUGAUCAUUUUUGUAAGUGAGUAUUGAUACAAGUGUUUGUCUCGCCCUCGAAUUUUAUCACAUCUUGUGAAGAUCUGCACCUGUAAA